AUGACCGAGAUUCAGAAGUACAAGAAUGAGAACGACAAAAAGGAGACAUACCUAAAAAAUGAGGGGAAGCAUGGUCAAACUCCCCCCUUGCUCCUGCUGAGCAGAAACAGCUACGAGGUGUAUAAGGAAACAGCAGAUUGGUUGCGUGCCCGUGCUGCCCAGCAGCCCAGGAUUGCCAUCAUCUGCGGGUCUGGGCUGGGAGGUCUGGCUGAUGUGCUGGAAAACAAGACAGUUUUCCUGUAUGAGGACAUCCCUCACUUCCCACGGAGCACAGUGGCAGGGCAUGUUGGCAGAUUGGUGUUUGGGGAGCUGAACGGACAGCCCUGCGUGUGCAUGCAGGGACGGUUCCACUCUUACGAAGGCUACUCUUUCAGCACGGUCACCUUUCCCAUCAGGGUGUUCUUUCUCCUGGGGGUGGAGAUCUUGAUUGUCACAAAUGCUGCUGGAGGACUGAAUCCCCACUUCCAAGUGGGGGACAUCAUGUUCAUAAGGGAUCACAUCAGCUUGUUUGGCUUGGGAGGGCAGAAUCCCCUGCGUGGGCCAAAUGAUGAGCGGUUUGGAGUGAGGUUUCCCUGCAUGUCAGAUGCUUAUGAGCAAGAUCUGCUGGGGCUGGCAAAGGAGAGUGCAGAGGAGCUGGGGUUCCUGAGCUUCACCAGGGAAGGAGUGUACUGCCUGCUGGCUGGGCCCUGCUACGAGACCAUCGCCGAGUGCCGCCUGCUGCAGGCGCUGGGAGCUGAUGCUGUGGGCAUGAGCACUGUCCCAGAGGUAAUUGUAGCCAGGCAUUGUGGCCUCCGAGUCCUUGGGAUCUCCCUCAUCACCAACAAAGUGGUGAUGAGCUACAACAGCCAAGAGAAAGCCAACCACGAGGAAGUGCUGCGUGUCUCGGUGGUGCGGGCUGAAGCCCUGCAGAAACUGGUCACUCACCUCCUUGGGAAGCUGGGGGAAAGCACAAACUCUCUGUGA